AUCAGAGAUGAGAAAAAAGUAUUUUAAAUAUUAUUGUAUCUGUAUACUGCCACGGUAGAGCAGUAAUAUCAUUAUAACGUUCGAUAAAAUUUCACUACAGCUUACGUAUUAUAAGGUACGUUACGCAUCUACCACAACCCAGUUGUAUUUGCCUUUACAGUGUUUAUCAAUGCGCGCAAACGUAUUAUGACACACUGUAAGUGACUUUACAAUGAUGUUGCAUGGAAAAUAUCAAGCAAAUACAGAUACAAUGUUCUUGCGCGGAAAUUUUAGUUCGUUCGCUUAUUUGAAGCGCUAUUACAAUUGUGGUUGAAUUGCGCGCGUGAAUCUACGCUACUGAUACUUUUUGCUGUAAUUUGCUGAUCCUCAGUUUGUUGGAAAGCUGUAACCCAGAAACUGGUAGCGGUAUGAUUCAUCGAUAAUUGGAAUGGUGCCUCCCGAUAAACGAAGACAACAUGAUAACAGACCACAUAGGAUAAGCGACGAGGUAAAGACCUCCAUUAAACAGCAUAUAGAAAUGUCCCCAACAGUUCACUCUAUGUACCAAGCUUGGACUGAGUAAAACAGAAUGAAAUCUAUGGGAACUGAACGACAGUAUCGAGAAAUAUUCAAUGGAGAAUAUGAUAUAUCAUUUUGGAUCCCUAAAACAGACAUGUGUGAUAUACGGACGACAACAAGAACAAACAGAUCAUAUUAAAACUAAAGAAGUUGUACGGAAGUUAAAAGAUAGUGACAAAGAAGACGGUGAGGCUGACAAAAGCGUAUGUGUUAGCUGUUUUGAUCUACAAAAGGUGAUUCUCAUCCCCCAAAGCGAUAGAAUAGAAUAGAAUAGAAUAUAUAUUACGUGCCAAUUAACAAAACAUUUGUUUUUACACUUGUCAUAAAAAUUGUUGGUAUGCAUAACACAUAAAAAUAGCUUCUUGAAAACUACUGAUGACGUAUACAAUACAUAUAAAACUAUAAUUUGUAAAAAUAAAAUAAAAUAUAAUAUAAAGGUGUAGUAGGCCCGAUCACACACAUAGGGGGGUCGCGAUAAACUCAUUCAAGGAAUAAAAAGGAUGUUUAACUAAUUCUUGCCAAAGUGUAUUUUUAAAAUGUUUUAAAGUAAGACUCUUAGUAGUGUUUUUUAGCUUGUUAUAUACCCUAACAUCAAGUGAGUUUUUAUCUGAGAUCUUUAGCCUGUGAGCGCUAGGUUGAAGUAGAUUGGAAUGCCUGGUGUUAUAUCCAUGAACAUCCGAGUGCAUUGAGAAUUUAUGCUUGUUCUUAGGAAUCUCAACAAGGCUCUGAUAGAUGUACAUUGAAUAAAUUGUAAGCAUAUUUAAUUUUAUAAAGAGUGGCCUACAGUGGUCACGAUAACCAGCUCCCGCAAGAAUUCUAAUUGCUUUUUUUGCUCUAUUUAUAUGGGUAGAAUUUCCCCAGAUUAAUAAGCCAUAUUGGAUGUGAGAGACGAUGAGGGAGUAAUAAACACUAACAAGGCAUUCAUUACUAAGGCAAGUUUUUAGUCUGCGUAGUAAGAGUAUGUUUGUGGCUAAUUUGCUACCUAGGGUUUCAAUGUGCUUUGUCCAUUUUAGUGAGCUAUCAAUUGUUAUGCCAAGCAAUUUUACACAUUUGUUUUCUGCGAGAGAAGAGUUACUAGUUACUACUAGCCUGUUAGUUUUGUCGGAGUUUAGGCAUAAGCUAUUCUGUUUAAACCAGUUGUUUGCCUUUUCUUCAAGCUGUUUAGAUAAGCUUUGUAAUAUAAUAUGAACGUUUUUGUGACUCUUUAUAAGGGUGGUGUCAUCUGCGUACAAUACACAAAUAUCUGGUAAUCAGUAGUAAUAAAGAUCAUUAAUGUAAAGGGAAAAAAGUAUUGGUCCAAGUAUGGAUCCCUGAGGGAUACCAUACUUUACACCUUUAAUUUCUGAAUGUUUAUUAUUACUACUAACAAACUGAGAUCUUCCAGUCAGAUAUGAUCUAAAAAAGCACAGAGACACCCCACGAAAACCAUAAUAAUGCUCCAUUUUACACAGCAGCUUCUCAUGAUCCACACACUCAAAGGCCUUGCUGAGGUCACAAAGGGUAAUUUGUACACUUCUUCCCCCUUCAAGGCCCUGGACUAUGUGGUCAAUAAGUUCCGCUAGUGCAUUUAUGGUUGGCAGACCUGGCUGAAAACCUAAUUGUUUUGGAUUAAUGAUGUUAUUUAUUUUUAAAAAUUUUAAAAGGCGGUGCUUUAAAAUUAUUUCUAAAAUUUUGCCAAAGAUAGGAAUUAUGGAAAUGGGUCUAAAAUUGUUUACAUCAGAUAGGUCACCUUUUUUAAAAACUGGUACUACCUUACUAAUCUUAAAAACAUCAGGGAAUAUUCCCUGAGAAAGACAGGAGUUAUAUAAAUGAGCAAGUGGUGUGGCAAGAGUAUUUGCAC